GGAUAACUUACCCGCAUCCCCCGUCAAUUCAGCCUGGACAAUUAAUUACCUUCAUUGCUUAAAUUAUGAAUUUGUAAUUAAAUUAUUUAACCUGUUUUGUUAAUGAACAUUAUUGCCUCGCAAAUCACUAAUUGACCGAUACAGCUUUUCAGUGGUGCUAGGCCUAACGUCAAUUUACUAACGCACACACAUAUGCUGCUAAUCGCAUUAUAAUAUGCCUGGCUAGAACUUAAAAUAGAUAAUUUACCAGCAUCAUUACCAUCAUUUUCCUCAACAAGGCGAUUGGGUGGUACCCUUUUACGAGGAAUCCUUCGAUCAGCCAUGCUUUCUCCCGAACUUUCUGCAGAUUCAGAAUCAGGUCGCCGUUGUUCCAACGUCUUGUAAAAGCAACUUCCGUCCACACCAAUGAACUCUACUGCCGUGAAUGAUUCCUCCCCUUCAUUUACGUUGUCCCAAUAUGUUAUAAAAUUAAUCACUGGCCUUACACCAGUCAUUCUCAAAUCAUUUAACAUUUUAAUUAUGUUUUUAGAUUUUCCUUUGUUUUUAUUACCAGUUAUGAAAUCCAUCUUUUUGAGAGAACACUUGUUUGUGGUUGCUUAGUAGACUAGGCACGUCCGGUAAAUUUUUAAUUACGUAUUAAUGACUACUGAAUUAAUUAUUUUUCUAUUCUUUAUUUUUAGAUGCUUCCCGAACUUGCCGUUUAUAGAUUUUUUUGGAUGAAAAAAAAAAAAAAAAAAAAAAAAAUUCUAAAUCAUGUGGGGAAAAAGGCGCCUUAUUAGAGGCUCUCUUCCGGUUCGUAUGUCGUGAGAAUCUACAGUCCAACAAUGGGACUUGCAAGAAAGAUUUUAACGCUCUGUGAGCAUAAGGGCGUAAAAGGAAACCGAAAAAUAACUAAAAGGCUUCAAAAAAACAGGCUAAUGGCUUCAACGAAGAAAUGCAGAAUAUGUAAAAAUAAAAUGAAAUUAAGGAAGAGGCAAAAUAAAGAUGGAUACCAAUGGAUAUGUCAACAAAGAGCACACAAUGAAAAAGUGACAAAAUCAUGCAGGUCAGGAUCAAUAUUUGACAAGACCAAGACAAGUUUACAAAAUUGGAUGACUUUUAUAUACAGAUUCAGUCAAGGUUUACGUUUACGCCAAGUCGACAUGGUCCAGGAUGGCAUUGCUGGAAGCUCCGCCACCCUUACUAAAAUGACCCGUAAACUGAGAUUAGUCUGCAGGAAAGCCUUGAAGAUGUUCAAAAGGAAGACAGGACAACGCAUGGGUGGAAGAAGGGAAUUUAUUGUGAUAGAUGAAAGCAACAUCCGCCAUAAAAGGAAGUAUGGACAAGGAAGAGCUGGACAGACGUGGAAGAGAAAGAAGUGGGUCUUUGGCAUGCUGGCCAUAAAGGGACAAAGAAGACGGCCAGUUUUGCGGCUUGUAGAGAGGCGCUCCAGAGAUCACCUGCUUCCCAUAAUUAGACGACAUGUUCGCCAAGGGUCAACCAUAUUAAGCGAUGAGUGGAGAUCCUACAGAGCUUUAUCGAAUCUUGGUUACAGUCACUACUCAGUAAACCACAGCAGAUACUUUGUUGAUCCAAACCAUGGAGGACAUACACAAAAUAUUGAAAGAGCCUGGUUAACCUACAAAAGCCAAAUUUGGCGACUGAAAGGAAAUAGGACAGAGAAGCUUCUUAAAGAACAUUUGUGUUUUAUUGAGUGGACUUACUGGCUGGGAUACAAGCACAAAGAUGGUCCUCUAGGUCGUCUUCUGAAAGACAUUAAAAGUUACUGA